AUGCGGUUCAACGACGGAUUCUGGCUCCUGAAGAGCGGUGUCAAGCCGUCCUACGGACUUCAAGUCGUCCAAGCUAUCCAGGACGGCGAUGGUUAUAACCUUCAGGUCUCGACCAAACCGAUCCGCCAUCGUGGAGAUACUCUAGCCGGACCUGUGCUGUGUAUCCGAGUCCACUCUCCGACAGAGGGUGUCGUCGGAGUGAAGAUCGAACACUUCAAACAUAGUAAUCCUGCUCCAAAUUUUCCCCUCUUCCCGGACGACCCGCCGGUGCCCUCUGUUGUGCUCAUGAAAGCCGAUUCUUCCUGGUCGAUUGCCACCGGCGGUUUGACUACAGAGAUUACAGAGAACCCUUACACCAUUACGUUCAAGUCACUCGCUCGCACACUAACCACGGCAGGAUAUAGGCAUCAGGCGAUCUACGAUGUGCCGUACAAAUGGACAAUCAGAAGUGCAUCCAACGGAUCGUGUCUUGCCACAGAUGUGAGCUCGAAUCCGCAUCCAAGGAAUCCACCAGAAUUGGUGCGCUAUGUCCAUUCCGAGCUAAACUUGUCUCCCGGAGAGUUGGUCUAUGGAUUGGGAGAACAAUUCGGCGCAUUUGUGAAGAAUGGCCAAACGGUCAGUAUUUGGAAUCAGGACGGCGGCACGUCCAGCGAACAAGCAUAUAAAUGUGUCCCUUUCUACAUCACCAACCGUAAUUAUGGUGUCUUCGUCAAUCAUCCUGGAGAAGUUGAAGUGGAAGUCGGCAGCGAGAAGGUGAGCAGAGUCGGUGUAAGCGUUGCCGGUGAGAGCUUGGAGUACUUUGUUAUCUAUGGCGAUACGCCGUUGGAGAUUCUCGAGCGCUACACCCGUAUGACCGGCCGACCUGCUCUCCUUCCAGCAUGGACGUUCGGGCUCUGGCUGUCGACGUCCUUCCUCACGUCAUACGAUGAAAAAACAGUGUCAGGCUUCCUUCAGGGCAUGCAGGAUCGCAACUGUCCUGUGCGAGUGUUCCAUCUGGAUUGCUUCUGGAUGAAGCAGUAUGAGUGGUGCUCCUUCACAUUCGACCCAGAUAACUUCCCCGAUCCCAAGGCAUACCUCGCGCACAUCAAGAAAACAUAUGGUGUAAAGAUAUGUGUUUGGAUCAAUCCGUACAUUUCGCAACUCUCCCCUAUUUUCCAAGAGGCGGUGAGUGACGGAUAUCUCAUCAAGCGUAUGGAUGGGACCCCUUGGCAGUGGGACUUAUGGCAACCCGGCCUUGGGGUAGUCGAUAUCACAAACCUAGCAGCCCGAAAGUGGUACGAGAAGAAACUGGAUGCCCUUAUUGACCUGGGCGUCGACACUUUCAAGACAGAUUUCGGUGAACGUAUCCCGCAUGCGGAGGUCGUAUUCCACGACGGAUCAGAUCCAAUGAGGAUGCAUAACGCGUACUCCGUCCUGUACAAUGAGCUUGUGUUCAACCUACUGAAGCGACGAUUCGGUGAGGGCGAGGCAGUUGUGUUUGCACGCUCAGCGACAACCGGAGGGCAGAGAUUCCCAGUGCAUUGGGGCGGUGACUGUGAAUCGACAUUCGAAGCCAUGGCGGAGACCCUUCGCGGUGGUUUGAGUCUCACUUCUUCCGGGUUUGCUUUCGCGUCGCAUGACAUUGGAGGCUUCGAGGGACAUCCACCGCCUGAAAUUUACCUUCGCUGGGUAGCGUACGGACUCUUCUCGUCGCAUUCUCGUCUGCAUGGAUCAAUGUCAUAUCGUGUUCCCUGGCAAUAUGGUGAAGAGGCUGCGGUAUACAUGGCACGUUUCCUCGAUACGAAGCAUCGGCUCAUGCCGUACCUGUACAACCUUGCCCUCGAAGGACAUCGGCUCGGACACCCCAUGCAACGUGCAAUGUUCCUUGAGUUCCCCUCCGACCGUACCACACACUACCUCGACAGGCAGUACAUGUUCGGACCCUCUCUCCUCGUCGCACCUGUGUUCGUUCCACAAGGAGAAGAUACCGAAUAUUAUAUACCCGGUGGCCGCUGGACAUCAUUCUCCCACCCGCAGCGCACGGCUGAUGGUCCGAUGUGGGUGCAAGAAGCCGUUCCCCUCGAUGAAAUCCCGGUCUGGGUACGCCCAGGAUCGAUCUUGUGCCUGGGACCCAGUGGCAUAGGGCGCCCGGAUUACGAGCUGGCUCAGGGUGUCGAAGUGCAGGUAUACGAACUCGCAGAGGGUCAAGUAGCGCGGAUGGACGUACCAACUGGAAGCGGGGCGGAGAUCGCAGGCACCGUGAGAGCGGAGAGGAGAGCUGGAGAGCUGAGUGUGAGUGUCAUGGCAGGUGAUGUGGAUAUAGCCGCAGUCAGUCUCUUCGCGGGCGGGCGAGUGUGGAAGUCGACCGUGCAGAAGGGACAAAACGAAGUCGCUCUCAAACUGUAA